AUGGCCGCCGCCACAGCCCCGCCGUCGCAGAGCGCGGACCUGAUGCCGCCGCCGCCGCCCCCUCCGCCCGUCCCGCCGCCGACUGCGCCGCGUCCGCGCCGCCGCGCAAGGGAAGUCAGCUCCCGGUACCUCUCAACGCCAGUCCCCUCGACCCCGCGCCUCUCCACCGCCUCCGCGGCCUCCUCCACGCGGUCGCGCUCCCCGUCGCCGUCGCCUCGUGGACGGCAGCGGGCGGCCACGCCCUUCGCCAACGAGAACCACCGGCCCCCGCCGCCGCCGCCCACGGGCACCGUCGCGCGCCGGCGGGCCGUCCAGAAGCUUUUCGAGGAAACCGGCGCCGGGAACCCGCGCGCCUUGGUGGGCUCCAACUCCUCCGCCGUGUCCGCAGCUACUCCGCGGCAGCUCCCGCGCUCCACCAGCGGGCCGGCCGCGCCCACCGCGCGGAGAGGGUACCCGCGCCUUCCGACGCCCGCGCGUGCUGGCUCCUGCCCAGCCUCCGCCGCGGUGGAAUCCGACACCGCUUCUUGCUGCUCUUCGUCUGAUACGUCGUCCACGGCCACUGACUUGUCUGAGGCCGAUCGGGCGCUCGGGAUGGCCCCAGCCUUGUCGUGCGAGAGCCCGCCGCUGCUGGGCCCAGCGUCCUGCCGCUGGGGACGCCUCUCGUCAGAGCUCCGCUCGUCGGUGCCGGAGUCGGGCGGGUCCUCGCGGGCGUCCAACCCACUGUGCUACCGCUCGCUCAACUCGGCACUGUCGAUCUCAACGGCGAAGCUGACGGCGGCAGGGAGGCCACCACAGCCGCAAGGGCCGAAGGCAGCUGAUCUGAAGAGGGCGGCCAUCGUGGGGGGCAGGAAGGUCGCGGGGAAGCAGGAAGACGUGCACCAGCUGCGGCUGAUGGACAAUUCGUACCUCCAGUACAGGUUCCUCAACGCCCGGGUUGAGGCAGCAGGCAGGGCCAAGGCGGCGGCUGCAGAGAAAUCCUUGUACGGGCUCGAGGAGAGGAUCGCCAGCCUCAGGGUAUCUGUUGCUGAGAAGAGGGCAGAGAUGGAGAGGAUGAAAAGGCAGCAUACAUUGAGUUCAGUAGUAAAUGCGCAGGUGCCAUAUUUGAUUCAGUGGGGUGAGAUUGAGGGGAGUCAUGCAAGCUGCCUUAGAGGGGCAACAACAGCACUGUCUAACGCCUCGUUACGGCUACCAAUCAUUGGGAGUGUAAAUGCCAACUGCGAGGAACUUACAGAAGUCCUUAAGUCAGCAGCACAAUUACUUGAACCGCUUUCACCUUGCAUCGAAAAUUUCCUACCAAAGGUUGAACAAGUCGACGAUGUGGCCUCUAAUCUGGCCCAGGUUAUCGCUACUGAGAGAACCUUGAUAGAGGAUUGUGGUAAUCUCCUACACCAAGCACAGAACCUGCAGCAUAUACCACUUUCCCUGGCUGGCAUCUGCUCUAACUUUGCCACAAAAUAUCCAACUGAUGCGAUGACAAAUUCCAAUUGCAUAGAUGAGGGAGUCCAGCUUGAGGAGUCAAGUGAUGCAACUGAAACAAAAUGA